GUUCAUUGUAGAUUAAAUUGAAGGUAUCUUUGUACGCUGUAUUAACAAUGAGUAGAUUGGAAUGUGAUAAAGCCUGUAGUCUUUGAAUGUAGCGGUGAGAUAAACCGAGGCAUUAUACUGUUUGUCUUUGUUGCUUGUCCGAAUAAAGCGGCGCGUUUUGUGGACAUUUCCGAAGCGUUGUAUCCUGAAACACACAAUUAGCACAAAGAAACACCGGCAGCAAGACAACCUCGUUGUGUUUCAUGCCGGGAUCAAUCUAUAAAUCGGCUAUAGCCAUCAGACAUAAUUCUCCACUCUGUCCUACCGUUAUAAAUCAUAGCUAAAUCGACUCCCUCCCUGUAUCAACAUCCUCCGUGGUGUAACCCAGAGACAAACAACCCUCAAACCAACAGAAUGUCUUCGUCCACUGAAGGUGGAAGACUCAUUUGCCCCGAGUGUCGAGGCUACUGCGACGUCUCAGACAACUGUCCCACGUGUACUGCCGCUGAAUCAGUCAUACUCAAAGCGGAAAUCUCCGACUCGCAGGACGACACUGCUUUGAAGAUGGCUCCGUCUGCUGAACAUUCCCCCCAGCGGGCUAAUUCCGAAGCUUCAUCUGCCACAGCCAAGGCUCCUUCAGCUACUCCGUCCCCUUCUGCUCCCCAACCACAACCCGCGCAGCCUGCCCCUACUACCCCUCCAAAGAAAGCUUCAAAGGCCACCAAGAAGUCCAAGAAGAUGGAAUCUUCCAGUGAUUCCAAUAACAGCCCGAAGGAGAAGUUGACGCCGGCAUGUGCUCCGUGCAAGAAAGCAAAGAGACGGUGCGUGCAUCGCAGCGUUAUUCCAGAUGCGGAAGGACAAGGAGCUUCCCAGCCCUCCAAGAAGCGCAAGCAGACUGCUGAGGCAGGGGCCAACCCUAAGAGGGCCAAGAAGAAUGAUGGCGAUGUCAGCGGCAACGAAACUGGAUCUGAAGAGGGUCAGCGCAUCAAGCUCAAGUUUAAGAACGUCGAGUUUAACCCCGAAACAGGUGAAUCGACACCAAAGAAACGAGGCAGGCCAUCCAAGACAUUGCCGGGCAAUGCUGAAGUUGAGGCUCUACCUAGUAUAGAGGAGGAAGACGAGGAAGAAGAGGUCCCACAGAAGCGAGCGAAGGAUAAGAAUUAUGGCUUUCCAAAGGAUAGCCUCGUUGCGGCGUCAAGAGUGACGGCUUUCAAACACUUGGACCAGCAGCUACAAGACAAGAUAGCAGACUGCGAGGACAAGUGGAAGGUGGCCAAGGAUACCGUCGAUGAAAUCCGGUAUAUAUUGAAUAAAUGGAUAGCGCUUUGGGAACAAGGAAAUGCAUGA